UGAGAAGGGUAGUCGGGGAUGGGGGCCCGGAAGGUUGACUCAGGAUUACAGAGCCCUACCGGGGACUCUUGGGUCCUGGGCAAGAUGCCUGUGACUCCUCUGUCCUUGAGAGAGACUGGGUUUGUCUCCUAGGCCCAGAGCGGGAAGGGCUGAAAAGCUUGAGUUAAGAUGGAAGGAGGCUUCCAGGCCUUGAGUUCCUAGGGGAGAAGACAGUAAACUAGCAGAUUCCCAGGUCUCGGAAGGGGCCUUCCCAGAGACCUGGGACCUGAACCAGGAAGGACCUGGGGGUGGGGCUUGAGCAUGCAAAAGUGGGAGGAGGCUGAGGUUUCAGACCUGUGGUCCGGAGGAAGGUGGUCUCGGGUUGUCCCUCAGGACUGGGGACACAGUCAUUGGGAGAGAGAACGCGUGGGUCGAAGUGGAAGCCUGUGGGGACUUGGUGGCUCGGAGACCUUCAUUCUUAGGUCGACCUGAAUGCUUAGUACUUGAAAAGAACCAAGGGCCUGAGCCUGUGGUGUGUCCCACAGAGAGGAAGGCUAGGAAGUCCUAAGUUGGGCAGGGGCUGGGCUGUGUGAUGGGUGUGGCUGGGAGCCUGCAUUUCUGUGUCCUGGGCUUGGGAGCUGGAAUCCCCAGGAGCUAGGCAGUCUCAGUCUCACCCCUCAAACAGCCGGGGCUCGGGGUUUGCUUUGCUGGCGUUGGAGGAGACAGCAUGAGCCAGGGCUUGUGCAUGGAGAGCUUGUGCAGCCCGGGCCCGGGCUGUAGGAGGUGAGGAGGUGGGGCCCCAGGUGCCUGGGUCAGAAGUGGGGUCAUAGGAGGAGCAGGAUCCCGUGUGCCUGUGUCCCCAGUCAGGGGCAGAAACCUGGGAGAGAAGGUCAGCAGGAUCCCUGAGGUCAGGCUGUGAUGAUUCAGGCUUCUCUUGGAGAAUUUAGGAAACUGAGUGAGGAUUUUCCCCACCAUGGCUUGGAGCCUGAGAAUUUAAACCCAGAUGCCGAGGGCUGGGAGCUCAAGAACUGGGUCCCAACAAUUGCCAUCACCUGCCUUCCUUGCCCCUACUUUACCGGGACCCAGGAGUCCACCCUCCAGCCCUUUCCCCUUGAUCAGCCCCCUCUUUCCUCUGCCUCUACAGUAGUUUGGCUUCCGCCCCCCACUUCUCCUGUGCUGGAGGUCCUGGCCUCCAUCCCUUUCCCCACCCAGGUCCCAGACCCUUGGACCUGGGAUGGGACCUGUGCUCACACACUUGGGCCCGCAGUGGGGGGCAUCUACACGGUGCUGCAGACCAAGGCGAAGGUGACAGGGGACGAGUGGGGUGACAACUACUACCUGGUGGGACCGUACACGGAGCAGGGCGUGAGGACCCAGGUGGAGUUGCUUGAGCCCCCGACCCCAGCCCUGAAGAAGACGCUGGACUCCAUGAACAGCAAAGGUUGUAAGGUGUAUUUUGGGCGCUGGCUGAUUGAGGGGGGGCCCAUGGUGGUGCUCCUGGAUGUCGGGGCCUCCGCCUGGGCCCUGGAACGCUGGAAAGGAGAGCUGUGGGACACCUGCAACAUUGGGGUGCCCUGGUACGACCGCGAGGCCAAUGAUGCUGUCCUCUUUGGCUUCCUCACCACCUGGUUCCUCGGUGAGUUCCUGGCCCAGAGUGAGGAGAAGCCGCAUGUGGUUGCCCACUUCCAUGAGUGGUUGGCAGGCGUAGGGCUCUGCCUGUGCCGUGCCCGGCGGCUGCCCGUGGCAACCAUCUUUACCACCCACGCCACGCUGCUGGGGCGAUACCUGUGCGCUGGUGCUGUGGACUUCUACAACAACCUGGAGAAUUUCAAUGUAGACAAGGAAGCAGGGGAGAGACAAAUCUAUCACCGCUACUGCAUGGAGCGGGCAGCAGCACACUGUGCUCAUGUCUUCACCACUGUGUCCCAGAUAACUGCCAUUGAGGCGCAGCACCUACUCAAGAGGAAGCCAGAUAUUGUGACCCCCAACGGACUGAAUGUGAAGAAGUUCUCUGCCAUGCAUGAGUUCCAGAAUCUCCAUGCUCAGAGCAAAGCUCGGAUCCAGGAGUUUGUUCGGGGCCAUUUUUAUGGGCACUUGGACUUCAACUUGGACAAGACUUUGUAUUUCUUUAUUGCUGGCCGCUAUGAGUUCUCUAACAAGGGGGCUGACGUCUUCAUGGAAGCCUUGGCCCGGCUCAACUACCUACUCAGAGUGAAUAGCAGUGAGCAGACGGUGGUCGCCUUCUUCAUCAUGCCAGCUCGGACCAACAACUUCAACGUGGAAACCCUCAAGGGCCAGGCCGUGCGCAAGCAGCUGUGGGACACAGCCAACGCGGUGAAGGAGAAGUUCGGGAGGAAGCUGUAUGAAUCCUUGCUGGUGGGAAGUCUCCCAGACAUGAAUAAGAUGCUGGACAAGGAGGACUUCACUAUGAUGAAGAGGGCCAUCUUUGCCACACAGCGGCAGUCGUUCCCCCCUGUGUGCACCCACAAUAUGCUGGAUGAUUCCUCAGACCCCAUCCUGACCACCAUCCGCCGGAUUGGCCUCUUCAAUAGCAGUGCUGACAGGGUUAAGGUGAUUUUUCACCCAGAGUUCCUCUCCUCCACAAGCCCCCUGCUCCCUGUGGACUAUGAGGAGUUUGUGCGUGGCUGUCACCUUGGGGUCUUCCCCUCCUACUAUGAGCCUUGGGGCUAUACCCCAGCGGAGUGUACGGUCAUGGGCAUCCCCAGUAUCUCCACCAACCUCUCCGGCUUCGGCUGCUUCAUGGAGGAGCACAUCGCAGACCCCUCAGCUUACGGAAUCUACAUCCUGGACCGGCGGUUCCGCAGCCUGGACGAUUCCUGCUCACAGCUCACCUCCUUCCUCUACAGCUUCUGCCAGCAGAGCCGCAGACAGCGCAUCAUCCAGCGGAACCGCACGGAGCGCCUCUCCGACCUUCUGGACUGGAAAUACCUAGGCCGGUACUAUAUGUCUGCGCGCCACAUGGCGCUGGCCAAGGCCUUCCCGGAUCACUUCACCUACGAGCCCCAUGACGCAGACGCGACCCAGGGCUAUCGCUACCCACGGCCGGCCUCCGUGCCACCAUCACCCUCGCUGUCUCGGCACUCGAGUCCGCACCAGAGCGAGGAUGAGGAGGAAGCCCGGGAAGGACCACUGGAAGAUGGCGAACGGUAUGAUGAGGAGGAGGAGGCUGCCAAGGAUCGGCGCAACAUCCGCCCGCCGGAGUGGCCACGCCGCGCCUCCUGCAGCUCUUCCACCGGCAAGCGCAGCAACUCGGUGGACACUGCGCCCUCCAGCUCGCUGAGCACGCCCAGUGAGCCCCUCAGCCCCGCCAGCUCCCUGGGGGAGGAGCGCAACUAAGCCGGCCAGGCCUCUGCCCCCCACAGGUCCCCCCAGAAAGUGGAUACAGCGGGUGCUGUUCCCGAAUUCCACUCCAGAUCCCUAGUGGGAUCCAGCCUGGAUCGCCACACACACUCCAAAAUCCACAACACUGUGCCUUUCUUGGAUAUCAGAAUGCAUUAUCUGUGCCCUGGAGCCCCCCCCCGCAGGUUUGGACUGGGUCUCAGAGGCCAGGAAUCUGCCAUUACUCUGCAGUGGUGACAGAGGUGCUGGGAAGCCUGGCCUGUGUCAUCGUAGGCGAAGGCCUCUUGGCGUCUCUGUGGUUUGCAAAUUCUGUAGCAUACACGGCAUGCCAUGCCCAAGCCUGGCAUGGGGACCACCAAGUGCUAGAAAUCACGUUGUGUCCUUGUUAAUGGGACAACUAUGUCAGAGCUGCUACUUUUUCAGGGACUUAAUGCAGAUGGUCCUGCAGUUCAACUCCUGAGCUCCAGAAGAGGCUUGCGGUGUAGCCCUCCCUCAAUAUCCAAUCCUGCACAGAGGAUCACUCAAAGCACUCCUGUGGGCCAGGCCGGGGUGGCAUAAGCAUUUGGCUUCUAAUUUCUUCUGGAGAGGAUGCAUUUUUGAUCUAGAUACGCUUCUGCCUUUCUGGGCUGUUUUGGACCACAUUCUCCCUCCUUUUCCUGAGUCUGAGCUCUCCUCUGUCUCUUGAACUCUUUCAGUGCCCUCCACGGCCUCCCUCUGCUGAAGACGGAACUGUCUACCCUACCCCCACCCAGCCCACCCAACCACUCCAUGAAACCACUGGGCUCUAGGUCCCAGCUGCUAAAUCUGAAACCUCACCACUGUCCUGCAUCCGGGUCCCUUUGCCCUGUUCUAGAGCUGAGUCCCCUGGGUUCUAUAAGCCCCACAGUUACCUCGAGGCCCUUCCAUCCCCAGGCUGUGCUGGGCCACCAGCUUUGGUGAAGGGAGCGCCCCUCACGUGUGCUGUGCUGACACUCCACUUUGGUUUGCAGUGGGAGGGGAGGGCAGAAAGGGUGUGCCUGGAGUGUGUCCAGAGAUAAAAAAAUACAUCGGUAUUUAAGCAUCCCAAGUGUGGUCAGACAUGAGCACUUAGUGGGCUUUGUUCCUGUUCCUGCCUCCCCGCAGUCCUCAUGGUUUUAGUGCCUGCUCUGGGCCCCCCUCUCUGAUGCUUUAUGGUGCUCUCCCGGAAAGACUUAGAUGGCUGAUGUAAGGUUCCGGUGCUGUUCAAGGAAGGCUUGUCUGGCUGCUCAGUUGGGACCUGACUUUAAAUGGCAAAAACUUGGCUUACAUGGUC